CUCUUUCAACUCCGAACAGGUCACGCACCGCUGAACAAGCACUUAUUCCGCAUAGCAAAGGUCCCCAGUCCCAUAUGCCAGCAAUGUCACCGAAAAGAAGAAACCGUCCAUCAUUUCUUAAUUGCAUGCCCAGCCUACACUCAACAGCGUCUCACCCUCCAGAACGAAAUCGGACCCCGCGCAAGCGAA